UUUUAAAAAAAUAUGACGUGGUGGUUGUUUGUAGGUGAUGGUUGUUUGGUGGUUGGUGGGGUAACAAGUUAGAAAGUGGUUAAAAAAGUGAAAGUGAAAUAGAAAUAGGGUACAUUUUAUAUGGGGGCAUGUUUAUAAAGUCAUGUUAAUAUCCGAGCGUUACCCAGUAAAUAAUAGGCAUCUAAUUUUGAAAAUCCAAAAAAGAAAUACAGGCUUAUAAAUAAGUAUGAAGGGAGUAUUAAACUGAAAUGUGGUUAGGGGUUUAAGGGAGGACCCACAGCAAAAUUGAAACACUAACGCUCCCCUGAAUUUGAAAAACACAGAAGAGCGCGAAAAAGACAACCCACCACACUCUCUCUCGAAUUUCGUCUUCUUCUCGUGUUUCCCCAUUUUCCAGCAUUUCUCUCAGAUUCCCUGUUUAAUUAAUCAUUUCUGCUCCUCUAACUACGACUUCUCUACUGUUUUCCCCAUUUCUUUUUUACAUUUUCAAAAUUAUUCACAUUCUACCCUUUUCAAAUUUCUGUUUUUUAAUUUUCCUUCAAAUUAUUAUUAAAUUCAAAUAAAAUACUAUUUUUUGAAUUGUUCCCAGUUCAAAAUUUUCAAACCCCAUUUCGAGGUACUUGUAGUUGUACUACGUCUGCUGUGGAAUGAGUUGUUUUCUCUCUCCUCUUCCUCUUCUCGAGCUUCUAGCUCGUCAACUAUGGAGCUUGUUGAAGGAUUGAUAAAUGCACAAAGUAGGGCUGUUGUGGAAGCUUCAGUGGUCUAUUGACCUAUGAAUGACUCAGAUUUCUAGCACUUGGUGUGCUUGGAGUUGUUUUAUUCCUCUUGAAAUCGGUUAAGUUUUUAUCCUUUUGUCAUUGGAAGGUUAAGUUUUUAUCCUUUUGUCAUUGGAAGAUUGAGUUUCGAAAUAGAAACAACUGAAGAUGAUGAAGAGAAGAACUGAGGUGAAAUCAAGGGGUUCUAAAAAGGUGGCUAAUCCACAACAUGUUGUGUAUGAACUCAAGCAUCGAGUUGUUCUUGCUAUUAAUAAGAUUGCGGACCGUGAUACAUACCAAAUUGGAGUUCAGGAGUUGGAAAAAACAGCUGAAAGUUUGAACCUAGAUGGACUUGUCCCAUUUUUGUCAUGUAUAUUGGAUUCAGAUUCGGAACAAAAGAGUGCAGUUCGCAAGGAAUGUGUUAGGGUGAUGGGAGUUUUGGUGAAAAUGCAUGGGGAUCUUAUAGGGCCACACUUGGCGAAGAUGGUUGCUUCAAUCGUAAAACGACUAAAGGAUCAGGAUUCUGUUGUUAGGGAUACAUGUGUGGAGACAAUGGGUGUUUUUGCAUCAGAAUUUGGAAAUCGUCAAGUUGAAACUGAUGGUGUCUUUGUUUUGCUAGUGAGGCCCUUGUUUGAGGCCUUGGGUGAUCAGAAUAAGCAGAUUCAGGCAGGUGCUGCAAUGUGUUUAGCCAGGGUCAUUGAAAACAUGACUGAUCCUCCAGUGUCAAUCUUGCAAAAGAUGUUGGCUCGCACCAUGAAAUUGCUCAAGAAUCCACACUUCAAGGCUAAACCAGCAGUGAUUGAAUUGAACAAAAGUCUUAUUCAGGCGGGAGGUGCUCUGUCACAUAGUGCUUUAUCAACCGCAAUUUGCAGCAUACAAGAAGCUCUAAAGGAUAGUGAUUGGACAACUCGUAAGGCUGCGUCAUUAGCAUUGGGGGAGAUAGCUUCAAGUGGAGGAUCCUUCUUGGUGCCUUUUAAGGCUUCUUGCAUUCAAGCACUUGAAUCAUGUCGCUUUGAUAAGGUGAAACCAGUAAGAGAUACAGUAUCACAAGCACUGCAUUGCUGGAGAAGCAUUGGACGACAGGAUGUGCCCGAACCUUCAGAUAGUUUGUGCGGUGAUGACUGCAGUGAUCUAAUUACUGCUGGAAGCUCUAUGUGGAAAGAUGUUUCUCAUACAGAAUCAAAGACCAAUGUUGUAAGGAAUAGAGCUUUCGAAUCAAGAAGAAAAGGAAGUCCUAAUUUCGUUGAGAUUUCUAGCAAAUCUAAUAACAGUGACUGGCAUGUUGAUGUUGCUGUUCCAAAAAUGCACUCCGGUAUUUCACAGUAUCUUCAUAAUGAUAAAUCUGGAAGCAGCUCUGUUUGUAAGACACAAGAAACAGUGACGGCUGAUGUCAUAAGCAUGAAAGACGUUGGGCAUGAGUAUGAUCUAAUUGACGACAAGCAGGAGUAUUCAUCUGCAUCGAACCGUGUUUCAGAUAAUUUUACUAACAAGUUUAUGUCAGAUUUCCAUUGCAAUUCUCGUAGAGGUGAUAUCACAAAGUCAGUAGGAGGAGAAAACAGGUUUGCAGUGGGAAAAAAUGAUGUUGAAACUGAAAAGCAGUCAUACAUAUCAAAGCUGGAAGAUCGAAGAAGUCUUGAUUCUACAGUUACAGAAGCUGAUGAGUGUCAUUCUGUGCGUGUUUAUCGUCCCCAAACAGAAAACGAGAUUAUUUCUAUCCAGAAACAGCUUAUGGAAAUAGAAAACAAGCAGUCAAGAUUGAUGGAUAUCUUACAGGGAUUUACAAUGAGCACCAUGGAGACCUUAUCUAUCAUACAAUUAAAGGUUUCAAGUCUGGAACAUGCUGUUGACAGAAUUGUGCAUGACCUUGCUCAGGGAGGCAAAUUUAGUGAUCUCGCUAGCAGGGGAUCUGUUGAAAAAGGCCGGAGUGUUAUUUCUCCUGGAAUGUCCAACAAUUCCACUCCUAGGCAAUCAAUCGAAACUCAGGACCGAAAUCUUGCUGCACAAUGCUUAAGCAACAGAAACAGUUGGGAGGGGAAAGCUGUAGGGAUGAAGAAUAAAAGCAAUCCUAUUAGCCCAUGUCUGGACUCUCGAAGACAACCAUUGUCAAUGGUGAAUAGAAAUCAUAUUAGAGAAGGGCCUGAGAAAAGUACUGGGCCGAAUCUGCAAAACACAACCUACCACCGAAGCAGGAAAACUAACAUAAUUUCUUCAAUUUCUCAGGGUAAUACUAGGCAGAAUGGAAGAGUGGAUAAAAAUGACAUUGUUUCUUCAACUUCUCAUGGUAAUACUCAGCUGAAUGGAAGAGUGGAUAAUAAUGACCUCUGGAAGUAUGUUAAGAGUCUUCUGUGCGAAGGGGACCUUGACUCUGCCUACAGAGAAGCUCUCUAUUCAGGCGAUCAACUACUUCUGAUUGAGCUCAUUGAUGGAACUGGUCCCGUGCUGGAUAGUUUGUCAGAUGAGACCAUCAGCAAUCUCUUUAUUGCAUUAGCAUCAUGUGCCUCGGAACACAGAAUUGUUGAAUCUAUAAUUCCAUGGUUGCAGCAGAUAGUAGAUCUGAGCACAAUUCACGGACCAAACUGUGUUCCUCUUUCUCUGAAAGUAAAGAGAGAUAUUCUAUCGGCAGUGCAGGAAGCAUUGGAUGUUGAAGUUACUCAUCCUACAAAGAGACGAUUGGUCGCCCAACUAGCGAUGAAAUUACAACAAAUUUGGGGUUAGGCUGUUUUCUCAUAUGGACAGUGUCCUUCGACGUUGACUAAGGUGAUGCUCCGGCUACUCUGAGUUAGUAUGUAUCUUGUAGGUGUCAAUCUUUAUCUUCUUUUUCCAUUACAAGCUUAGACUAAGAUUCUACCAGUAGAACAGUUUGUACAUCUUGCAUAAUGUUGUCAGAAAGUUUCUCUACUAGUCAUGUGCAUGGAUGAUCGAUUCUAAUUUAGUGUGCUAUCUUCCACAAGAAGUGGUAAGCAGCGAUUAUUAA